CUUUCAAAGGCCCCUUCCCAUUCGCAUUCUGUCUGUAGUCUUUCUUUUGCUUCACUUCUGCAGAUAUUUUGGCAUCUACGACUAUGCCAGACUGAAGAAGCCCUGGCUUUGAUCUGAAGUUCAUUAGGGUUCUUGUUUUCUGAGUCCAAAGUCGUUUUUUUUAUUUUGAAAUCUACAACCCAUCUUGAAAGCCUGUUGAUUUAUUUUAUUUUCCUUCGGAGAUCCUUGUUUCUCGAGUCUCGGAAAGAUUACUACUUUCGAAUUUCGCAUGCUGGGCUGGAGUUUCCGAGGCUUUUGCAAACUCUAAUCUCGAAUUUUAUCACAGAGUACCGUUGGUUCUUACAACGAUAAUCUUAAUGGUCAAUAUCUUGUUCUUGAUGUUUGAGAUUCAUGUCUCAAAUUCUGUGUGAAAUCCUCCUCUCUGGGUGUAUGAUAAAUUCCACAUUCUGGCGUAGGACCCACUUAGUUCAAUCCUUCUCUGUCGUGUUCUUGUACUGGUUGUACUACGUUUCAUGAUAUAUCCCCUCUCAAACUCUGAUCAUUAGGCUCUAACAGUAUAAUUAUAUUGCUCUAUAAUCUAAUAUAUUUCUGGUUUUUAGUAUCUGGGUCUUGCCUGUCUUUUCUGAAUUCACCAUUAACUGUUAUUACAAAAGUCUGUAUAAUUUUCUGUGUUUCAUGCAUGGCAUCCUCGAGUGGGACAUGUUCAGGGUCAACUUUGAUGCAUAACUCUGGCUCUGAGGAGGAUUUGAAAGCUAUGCUGGAACUGAAGAAGAGGAAGAGAAUGAUAUCCAAUCGGGAAUCAGCAAGAAGGUCUCGGAUGAAGAAACAGAAGCAUUUGGACAAUCUGAUUUCGCAGGUGACUCACCUCAGGAAGGAGAACAAGCACAUCAUCACCAGCGUGAACAUCACCACCCAGCAUUACUUGAAUAUCGAGGCUGAAAAUUCAGUACUCAAAGCUCAAGUGGGUGAGCUUAGCCACAGAUUGCAGUCCCUGGAUGAGAUUCUCACUUUCUCGAAUGCCAGCAAUGGCGUUUUUGGAGCUGGGGACUCGAGUUCCUUCACUGAGCCAUAUGAUAGCCUUUUGAACCCGUUGAAUUUGCAGUAUUUGAACCAGCCUAUUAUGGCUGCUGCUGCAGACAUGUUUCAGCGCUAGUACUGAUCUUGCCGUGCUUCUUGAUGUUUAUUUAUUUAUUUUUUUUUUGGCUUUUUUUUCGUGUCUUUUGUUGUCUAGACUAUGGUUAGAAACAUCACUGCGUGGAGGUGGUAAGGAAUAGACGACAUAUUAUUUGUAUCAGUCCAGGUGGGUGUUUUUACUGUUAUUAAUGUUGUGGGACGUUGCACUACCUAUUUUUUAAUAAUAUAAUCAGCCAAGUUUGCG